GUUGACUUCGACGGAAGAUAAGCCGAGAGGAUCAACGGUCUCAAGCGCCUCACUAACACAUAUACUUCGAGAGUCUGAUUGACAACUUCUUUUUAUAUAUAUUCUAUGAUUUCAAUUGAGAUUGAUCUAAAGUUGUUCAAUAGAGUUUCUAUAGACCUCAUAUCAAGAUGGCGAACCGAGCCGCUGCCCUCGACAAGAACAUCUACACGAUCAGAGACUUGAAAGAAGCAGCUACGAAAAAGCUUCCAAAGAUGUAUGCUGAAUAUUUCAACGAGGGAGCAAUGGACCUAAUAACCCUCCACGACAACGAAGAAGCCUUCAACCGCUACAAGAUCCGUCCCCGGAUCUUGAUCAAUGUAUCCAAUAUCGACACCAGCACCACCAUUUUUGGGACUAAAGUCUCCUUCCCGCUCGGAUUCGCACCAGCAGCCAUGCAUUGUCUCGCUCAUCCAGAUGGAGAGAUAGCCACUUCUCGAGCAGCGGCCAAGAAUGGUAUUGCUAUGGGAUUGUCGAGUUGGAGUACGUGUUCGAUGGAAGAUGUUGUCAAGGAGGGAUUGGGGAAUCCUUAUGCGUUUCAGGUCACGUUGCUGAAGGAUAGGGAGAUUGCUAUAAGGAUGUUGAAGAGGGCUGAAAGAAACGGAUACAAAGCCAUCCUCCUCACUGUAGACGGGGUCGUCCUCGGCCGCCGUCUCAACGAAUUUCGCAACUCCUUCUCGCUCCCAUCUGGGAUCACCUACCCAAACAUAGAAUCAGAAGCCGAUCCCAGUGCUUUAGCAGGAGCAGACGAUAGCUUGAACUAUGGUUCGAAGACCUCUCCCGAUCAAAAAGCUAGAUUGUUCACUGAGCUGAUGAUGGAGAAAAAAGAUGCUGAUGUAGACUGGGCAAGUGUUAUUCCCUGGUUGAAGAAGAACACUAGCUUGCCGAUCUGGGUCAAAGGCUUGUACACAGCCGAAGAUGUUUCGCUAGCCAUUCAAUAUGGACUUGAUGGUAUCAUCAUCUCGAACCAUGGUGGAAGACAGCUGGACACUGCACCAGCGACUCUUGAUGCGUUGAGAGAAUGUGCUCCUGUUGCUGCAGGGAAGAUUCCAAUUGCAAUCGAUGGAGGAAUCAGACGAGGAACAGACAUCUUCAAGGCCAUUGCUCUUGGUGCUUGCUUUUGUUUCGUUGGACGUGUCCCAAUUUGGGGUCUGGCUUACAAUGGUGAAGCAGGGGUAGAUUUGGCCAUUAAGCUUUUGAUGAAUGAAUUCGAGACGACAAUGGCACUUGCUGGAUGCAAGAAUGUCAAGGAAAUUUCUAGAGCUCAUCUAUCAAUUCUCAGACCUGAUGGAGUAUUGGCGAAGCUAUAGACUUUAUGUUUGAAGAUCCUAUGUCUAGUAGAAAGCAAUGCUUAUGGUGUAGUCUACAAAACUGCUUGUGAUUGAUCCUGAUUAUCGACCUGAAAACAUCACUUUAGCUUUGGAGAGUCAAUCCCAAUUCACAGAUCAGGGUAUCUUCCGGGGGUGUAAGUGGAAAGGAUGGUACGAGGUAUGAAUCAAGGAGACCUUUGUCCUGCUUCGUUUUCUGCUGCAUGACCUUCAAAAUCACAUAUGCCAC